AUGUCUCCCGAUCUCGAGUCAAUUCUUGCCGAGUUGGGAUUGUCCCAAUAUCUUGGUGCAUUCGUUGAACAAGGUUUCGAUGAGUGGGAUAUCAUUCUUGACAUUCAGGAGUCAGAUCUAGAUGCAUUGGGUGUCAAACUUGGCCACCGGAGGAAGCUCCAGAGAAGGAUAGCUAAUGCCCGAGGCAUCUCCCCAUCGGUGUCAUUGGUGACUACUGUCAGACCAACCAGCGAGGAUGUAAAAUCGGAUAGUGUGCAACCUGAGCCUACUCGGACGGAACUACCGCCUGAAGGACCAGGUGUUGCUAAACGGAAGUAUCGGCGUCACCCUAAGCCUGACGAUAAUGCCCCUGAGAGACCUCCGUCAGCAUAUGUAUUGUUUUCCAACAAAAUGAGGGAAGACUUAAAAAGCCAAAAUCUCACGUUCACAGAAAUUGCAAAACUCGUUGGAGAGAAUUGGCAAAACCUGAAUGCCAGCGAAAAGGAGGCAUAUGAAAGCCAAGCAAAUGCCGACAAAGAGAAGUACCACCGUGACUUGAUGGAAUAUAAGAAAACGGCCGACUAUCGGAAGUAUAUGCAAUAUCUCCACGAGUUCAAGGAGAAGCAGGCCAAACGUACUCAAGCCGAUGUCUCUAAGAGGACAAAACUGGAUCCCGUUCGAUUGCGACACAGCAGCAGCAGCAGCAGCACGAUGACACCGGGAGGCAACACUUCGAGCGGCAGUGGUAGUGAGAGGUUGCAAGGUAGUGAGCCACCACCUUGUCGGCGAGAAAGGUUGAACUCGAUUGCGUCGAUAGCUGAAUCACAACAUUCGUCGACUACGCCAACUUUGUUAUCCCAGGCAAACUCGAACGAUGAGACUAUGUCAUCACCCCAGGCCGCCCUCUUCGAUGCUGGAAGUCCACGGGAAACCCAUUACCAAGCCCCCAAGCGCCAGCAGUCCUGGCGAGAAGGAGGUCGGGGGGUAGAAGUCUCACAUCAACAUCUGCCCUCGUUGUCCAACAUGCUCGAAGAUGGAAGGAAGGGGAUGCCAAUUCCAUCCGGCUCAGAAGGUAACCCUUAUUCGAGUGGCUUUGUUGCUGCGAACUACCCCAGGUCGGUACCCGAAGUCCCCAAUGUGCUUCCAUCGGCACCACCCAAGCCCCCUCUCCUCCGGCACGAACCGUCUUCCAGCAGCAGUAUUGGUUCAGUGAGUCCAGCAGGGGGCUUUGCACGGACUCCCGGCGAAGGACCGCUCCCGAUCCACGCUCUCCUUUCCCACCAUCAGACGCUGCCGACACCAGUUGUGGCUGCCAACGCGUCCAUGUUCGAACGGGGUUCUCCUGUUUCCGGAUUAGGUACUGGUACGACGACCCCGAGCCCGACAGACCCUGUGCCACUCGUAAGGCCAUAUUUUGGCCACGGCGUUGUGCCCAGGGGAUAUGGGUCUCAGCCAUUGCCACCCACUGGCCCUCCAGCCAGGAACGACGAAUAUAUGGUAGACAGCGAUGUGCCAAUGACGCCGGCACCUGAUGUGAUCGCCCCGACCGAGGAUCGUUCCUUCAAGACUCGCCUCGAUGGCAUGAGCGUCUUGCUAAGAGCUGGUGAGCUUGUCGAAAAGCACGAACGAGACGAACGACGAUGA